UGGUUGCCAAAGGGGUUAAGGAUCUGGCUGACAGUGACAGUGACAGUGACAGUGACACCAUGUUGUUAUCAUCCACUCGUCAGCCCUUAUACUCCUUCACAGAUACCUACCUACCAUCGGUAGGCUGUCGAAAUCCUGCUGCGCAGAUGACCAUCGCCGAGAAUGCCGGUCAGUCUGCCGCUGUAGAAGGCACGGCAACGGUCCACGACAUGCGGGGAACUUCUCUGCACAGGUGCUCUAGGACUGAUGCAUCUGACCAGGGAACUUCUCUGUAUUCGGAAUCCCGGCUGACAUUACUGGAGGAGAUGAUGGUAGUCCAUUGCUUGCCAUUCGAGCUUCUUGAUUGCCCAUUCUUCGAAAAGUUUGUGGACGAGUACGGUCGGGCUCCUCCGUCUUUGGUGAGCUGCUCAGGUGAUGCAAAGGCAUCUUGUGCGAGGCUGAAAAUGCAGAGGGAGCGAGUGGACAGAGAACUUGCACACAUCAAGCAGUCUUGGCCAACUGUAGGUUGCAUGAUAGAACUUCACAAAUGGAUCGAUCGGCCAGGCCAUGAGUUCAGGAACGUCAUCGUCUCUUCUCCGAGUGGCAAUGUUUUUUUGAAAAGCGUCGAUGUAACAAGGAAGGGAAGGAGCUUAGAGGCGUACAAAGCUUUUUUGUGGGAUGCAAUCGAUGAGGUGGGCACGGAAAAUAUUGUCGGCAUUGUCUUGGAUGAUGCAGCAGUGUUUCGAGCGCUCGGCUCUGUUAUCGAGGUUGAGUUCCCAAGGAUCUUUAGUCUAGGAUGUGUGGCUCAUGGGAUCUGCCUUAUGCUGCACGACAUCAAUAAUCUUCCGUUCGUCCGCGAAGUAAUUCCAAAAUGCCGCAAGGUCACUGACCUCCUUACAGGUAAUGAAGCGGUUUCCCAGAUUUUCCAUCGUCAAUCGAAAGGGCAGAAACUUACGACGCCGUACGAAGCUCGGGUUUCGACCAAUUUCCUGAUGUUGCAGUCCCAGCUUGCGCUUCGGCAAGCUAUCGAGGCCACGGUAUGGGAUGACAAGUUCUUGGCUCUUGCACUGUCGGAUGAAACUCUUCACCAGGUUCGGAAAGGGUUCGAGCUCUGGGUGUACUCGUGGUGCAAACCGGAGCAAUACAAUGCUGUCACAAGGGAGGUACAGAUGUGGGAAGAGCAGGAGGGGGAUUUAGGCAUCAGCAUGGCAAGGUUGGAUGCUCAAAGACUAUUGCCAACAAACUGGUGGCAGAAGUACGGCAAAGAUUUAAAAGUCCUUCAGCCACAGGCUGUGAGGCUAUUGGGCCAGGUGAGCUCUUGCAGCAGCGAAAGGUUGCGCUCACUGUACACACGUAUCCACCGUUCACAAGACAAUGGGUUGAACUUGAAUUCAAGUGACCUGUCGGACCUUGUGUUCUGUAGGGGGAACAUGAAUUUCCUGCUUGAUACACGGAAACGCAAACGCAAAGUGAAUCAUGGUGAGCUUAGAGGAAAGACGAUCGAUACUGUCUUCGCAUCUGGUACGUCUCUUGGAAGCAGCAGUGGUACAGGGAAAACCAGCAGCCAUAAGUCAGGUAAUCUUUUCGAAAAAGGGGCAUCAGAAGCUGCUGUUCUCGCCUCGGCCAAGAGAAGAUCCGGUUCAGCAGACUCGAUCAAACCUUGCCAUGGUGGUCCCAGCAAGAAGGUUGAAAACGCUACGGCCCCUCUCUUGAGGCCCUCGUCAGGAGUCAAUCGCGGCUUACCACGGGCGACAACUUCCGGUGUAACAGAGCAAGCGGAGACCAGCAGGGCGGGAACGCAAAUUGUGAGUCGAAUGCUGUCGCCUUUUCGUAGAAUGGUUCUUGCGUUUCCGAGCUCGGUAUGUGCACUCUUUGGUGGUGACACUGGUGAGGUCUCAGUGAGAAACAAUAGUACAUCAGUGGGAGCUGCAGUGUGUGUCCAGAGUGAGGUUAUGGCAAGUGUUCCAAGACCUCCUGCUUCCAUGGCUGUGAGAACAGGAAUAACGGGAAGCCACGACAGCAAGGAGUUUCACCAAGUGAUAGGAGGCGGGUUAGUGGGAGGAGAGGAGGUGCAUGAUUGCUGCAGCGGUGGCGACGUCACUCUGCCAGAGCUGGUUUAUACAAAAGAGAGAGACUUGCAAGAUGAAAGAGAUGACCUGCAGGCUGAUAAUAUCGAGGGUAAGCUAUCCUGGCUGAUUAGCACUGCACCCGGGAAAUAUAUGCGCCGACUAAGGAAGGCUGAGGACGUCAAACCAGGAAAAGUAAAAAGUAAAUUCACUGUGGAAGGUGCAAAAAUGGCAGCCACGGCGAGGCAUCGCGGUCUCGUAGACUUGAACAAGGAAGACUGUGUGCUGCAGGGAGGGAGAAGGAAGCGGAAGGAGGUUGAAAUCCCAAAGACUUCCACCGUCAAAAAAGCAAAGGCCUAGCUCAGUUGGUAUACCCAUGAACUGC